AUGGUUGUUCAAGAAAUUCAAACUUCUCAGGAUUAUGAUCGAAUUGUUUAUAAUACGAACAAUAUUGUUGUUGUUGAGUUUUAUGCUUCUUGGUGUGGGCCAUGCAAAGCAAUUGCACCUGUUUUUAUAACCUUAAGUGAACAUCCGAAAUUUUCAGAUAUUAUUUUUAUCAAAGUAAAUGUUGAUCAUCUGAGAGCUGUUGCAUCUAAGGCUAGAAUUAGUUCUAUGCCUACUUUUGUUGUUUUUAUGAAUGGAACAGAAGCUGAACGAAUAUCAGGUGCAAAUCGCCAACAAUUAGAGUUUAUGAUUGAAAAAUAUUCAAAUAUGGCUGUUUCAGUGAAAGGAAAAGAGUCAAAAGAUAUGAAAGGGUUUUAUCCUUUGGAUUGUUUUGUAGAUAUUCGUCAGUUGGAUUGUUUAAAUAUGGAUAAGAAAUAUCCUUCUAAAUGUAUUUUUGAAAAAGAAGGAUAUCUACAGUCGGAUGUUGAUGAACAAUUACUAUUAUACAUUCCUUUUAAAUCCACCGUUCGUAUUUAUUCGUUGAUAUUAGAGUGUAAAAAUCAAAAACAAGCACCAUCUUGUCUUUCUCUAUAUAUAAAUAUGACUUCUCUUCCAUCAUUUGAUGAUGUAUCAGAUUCAGGAAUUAAGCCGACUCAGCGUAUUGAAGAAAUUUCAUAUGAUGCAGACGGUCUUGUGACAAUACCACUUAGAUUUGUUAAAUUUCAGCGAGUAGUUAGUCUUGUUCUUUUUGUAGAAGCAAAUCAAGAUGACGAGACUUCACGAAUUGAUAAGUUGACAAUAGUCGGCGAAACAAUAGAAGAAGCGGUUAAUAAUGGGAUCGUGCAAAAAAUGGAAGAAUAG